AUGGGCCGUCCUAAGAAAGAAGUGAAGGAGAAUGGCACUCCGGAGGGCUACGUGAGCAAAGCCAACUUCAUGCGCACGAGAGACUCGAUUGUCACUGGCCUCACGGAGCUAGAGAACCUAGUCACCAACCUUCGCAGUGCUUUCGUUCAGCACACCAGUGAGGUGCUCAGCGGCCAAAGCGCUGGACCGGACACGCUCGCGAUCUCCAAUCCCCUAGGCAAUGCUGGGCGUGGCAUCACACCGGCCCCGGUAGAGGCAGACGUCAAGCAAAAGAAGAAGAGGGUGCAGAAGGAAAAGGAUCCCAAUGCGCCGAAGCGCCCUCUCACUGCCUACCUCCUAUACGCUCAAAGUGCACGUUCUACUAUCAAGGACGAGCUUGGUGAAGGUGUAAAGCCUGGUGAGGUCGCCGAGGAGAUCACAAAACGAUGGCAUGAGAUGCCGGAUGGGGAGAAGUCGAUGUGGAAAGAAGCCUACCACACAAACCGGGAGAAGUACACAGAGUACCUGGCAGAGUACCUGGCGAAGACCGGCAAGGCGGCCCCCAUUGAGGCUUCCCCCCACGAUGACGAAAUUCCUGAUGCGGAUGCCACUGCCGCAGCUCUGGCAGAUGAUACGGAAGAAUCCUCCGAGGAUGAAGACGAGGAGGACGAGGAGGAAGAGGUAGCGAAGAGCCCGACGCCGGCUCCAAAGCUGCCGACCCCACCGAUCUCCCAACCUACCAAGACAACCAAGGGUCGCAAGGCGAAGGCCGGGAAGGAGAACGGUGUCACAGCGGAACUGCCAUCCUCUGUCCCGCAGGCCUCACAAGCUCCACAGGCUUCAACCAAGAAGAGUACGCGUAUCCCAGUGCCAGCCGCUUCGCCAGAGCCUGCCGUGUCGGUUAAGGCGAAAAGUCCAGAGAAAAGGAAGAAGGAGGCGAAGGAGUCAAGCCCGGAAGAACCGAGGAAGAAGAAGUCUCGCAAGUCGAAGGGCGAAGGGGAGUCGCAAGAGGCGGAACCCGCGCCGCCGCCAACUUCGGAGAAAAAGUCGAGAAAGAAGCGCAAGAGUGAUGCUGCAUAG